AAAAAAACGCACUCUAUUCUUCUUUAAAUCGCCCACUUCCUUUGCUGUCCCGACAUUUCGUUCCGUUUCUGUGUAAAACAAUCCAUUGUUCUUUCGAUUCUUGGGGCUGCUGCCUGAAAAUCUCUUCCAUUUCUGUCUUCUUCUGUCGCUCCCUCGACUGCGAGCUUUCGGUUUUUAUUCGUCUCGAGAAUCAAAAUGGCACCCGGUUUGAGCCAAGCCGGAUCUGAUGUGAUCACCCUCGUCAAUGGCCACACCGACUCGGUGAUCACUCUGGAGGAUUCGAACUUCUUGGCGAAUGGCCACGUCAUUCUCUCCGAGGUCCCCCCGAACGUCACGGUCAGCCCCUCGGCUCACCAUGCCUCGGGUGAGAAGGCGCUUGGUGGUGCGGGCGCCGCCCCGGGCUGCUUCGUCCGGUUCGACGCCGCCCCCCGGAGUCACCAUGUCGCCUCCAUUGGCAAGCUGCGGGGCAUCCGGUUCAUGAGCAUAUUCCGGUUCCAGGUCUGGUGGACCACCCACUGGGUGGGCACCAACGGCCGCGACCUGGAGCACGAGACCCAGAUGGUCAUCCUCGACAGGUCCGACGGGGUCCGAGCGGAGGCCCGACCGUACGUCUCCUGCUGCCCCUCCUCCGAAGGGCCCUUCCGGGCCUCCCAGCCCGGGCCGGACGACUUCGUAGACCUGUGCGUGGAGAGCGGGUCGACGAAGGUCACGGCCGCCGGGUUCCGGGCCGCGCUUUACAUGCAUGCGGGGGAUGACCCGUUCGCCCUCGUCAAGGACGCAAUCAAGGUGGCGAGGGACCACCUGGGGACGUUCAAGCUGCUCGAGGAGAAGACCCCGCCCGGGAUCGUGGACAAGUUCGGGUGGUGCACGUGGGAUGCGUUCAACCUCACGGUGCACCCCGAGGGGAUCCGGGACGAGGUCAAGGGCCUGGCGGAGGGCGGGUGCCCGCCGGGGCUCGUCCUGAUCGACGACGGGUGGCAGUCCAUCAGCCACGACGAGGACCCGGUCACGAAGGAGGGCAUGAACCACGCGGUGGCGGGCGAGCAAAUGCCGUGCCGGCUGCUCAAGUUCCAGGAGAACCACAAGUUCAGGGACUACGCGAGCCCGAGCGGCGGCGAGGGCAUGGGGGCCUUCGUCAGGGACCUAAAGGAGGAGUUCGGGAGCGUGGAUUACGUGUACGUGUGGCACGCGCUGUGUGGGUACUGGGGCGGGCUCUGGCCCGGCGCGCCGGGCCUGCCCGAGUCGAGCGUGGUGAAGCCCAAGCCGUCGCCGGGGCUCGAGACGACGAUGGAAGAUCUAGCCGUCGAUAAGAUCGUGAACAACGGGGUGGAGCUGGUCGAGCGGAUGUACGAGGGCCUUCACUCGCACCUGGAGUCGGCUGGGAUUGACGGCGUGAAGGUGGACGUCAUUCAAUUGCUGGAGAUGUUGUGCGAAAACCAUGGCGGAAGGGUGGAGCUCGCGAAGGCGUACUACAAGGCCUUGACGGCUUCGGUGAGGAAGCAUUUCAAAGGCAACGGCGUAAUCGCCAGCAUGGAGCACUGCAACGACUUCAUGUUCCUCGGGACGGAGGCGAUCGCGCUCGGUCGCGUCGGUGACGAUUUCUGGUGCACCGACCCGUCCGGCGACCCGAACGGCACGUUCUGGCUCCAAGGGUGCCACAUGGUGCACUGCGCCUACAACAGCCUGUGGAUGGGCAACUUCAUCCACCCGGACUGGGACAUGUUCCAGUCCACGCACCCCUGCGCCCUGUUCCACGCCGCGUCCCGGGCCAUCUCCGGCGGCCCGAUCUACGUCAGCGACGCGGUCGGGAAGCAUGACUUCGAGCUGCUCAGGCGUCUGGUGCUGCCCGACGGCUCGAUCCUGCGGUGCGAGCAUUACGCCCUCCCGACCCGGGACUGCCUCUUCGUGGACCCUCUCCACGAUGGAAAGACCAUGCUCAAGAUUUGGAACUUGAACAAAUACACGGGAGUGAUCGGAGUCUUCAACUGCCAAGGCGGCGGCUGGUGCCGUGAGUCCCGCCGCAACAAGUGCGCCUCCCAAUUCUCCCGCGCCGUCUCCUGCACCACCAACCCCGCCGACAUCGAGUGGAGCGCCGGCGGGUCGAUGAUCUCGGUGGACGGCGUCUGCGUCUUCGCCCUCUACCUGUCCCAGUCCAAGAGGCUGGUCCUCUCGAAGCCCUCCGAGAGCCUCGACAUCACGCUCGAGCCGUUCCAGUUCGAGCUCGUCACCGUCUCUCCGGUCAAGGAGCUGACGUCGGCGGCGGCGAGCGCAGGGCCCGUGCAGUUCGCGCCGAUCGGGCUGGUGAACAUGCUGAACCCCGGCGGCGCGAUCCAGGGCGUGGAGUACGGAGAGGGAUGGGCAGAGAUCGAGGUGAGAGGAUGGGGGGACUUCAGGGCGUUCGUGUCGGAGAGGCCGAGGGAGUGCAGGGUCAACGGGAGGCGCGUGGGGUUCGAGUACGAAGGGAAGAUGGUGGUCAUCCAAGUGAAGUGGCCGAGGAUUUUAACCGGAUUCAACCCAGUAUCUCGAAUCGAGAUCGGGAAUCGCGAUAGCGGCGCGGCGAAGGAAACCAGAGGACCAAACCCGUGGAUGGAGGUCAUGCCGGCUCUCCUCGUCCCGGCUCACAAUAGAAGUUGCACAUAUCCUGAACUGGAGACGAUUGCAGAGGGUCAUGAGGAGCUCGAUUAUGAGUAGCAUAACUUUGGGAGUCUUCGCUAGGUCACUUCCUUUUUAUUUUUCGCUUUUUUGAGUUCGUGCACUUUGAAAUCGGGAUGUUGAUAUGACAAGUUUACCUAGGUCGUGAUGUGGGGACAUAGAUUUGUGGAUGUUUUUGGCGUAAUAAAUGCACAUUCUGUUA